CUCCCACAGACAGCACAGGGAGACACGUGACCCGCUGUCUCUGGCUCCUGACAGUCGCUGGUAGAGCUCAGCGGGGAAACAGAUUGCACCUUUUUCUCCCUCGAAUAAUACUGGAUUUUCCCCCACUUCCCCGCUUACCCAAUGUAUCUACUUUUUCAGAAGACCGAGGGGAGACUGUUUCAGUUUUGUGUUUUUCAGCACCGCUGGGGAGGAGGCAGCGCGAGAAGCCGAAAGCAAUGACUCCUGUCGUCUGCUUCAGCACGAUAGCGUGAAUCUGAUGAAAGGCACUGGCUAUCCAUCACCGGCUCCAGCGUUUGCACUUUAAUUGGUUCAGAAAGGGAAGUUCACAAUGUUCCAGAAUAAAAGGCACUGAAGAAAAGGAACUCAUGGAUAUCUUUAGCAACAUAAUUUGUUUGUAAGAAAACUGGAUUAUAAAAGGCGGAACGGAAAGAAGGAAGCAAUCGAAGAGAGAAAACCAUUUCGUUUCAAAACAAUUUCUGGUGGGCUUAGAGACUAAGUGUUGCAGCCAUCGGCCGGGAGAUGGUCUCGAUCGGCGAUGCUUUUUUCUCUCGGAGACUAGCCGACGAGUAGACUGCAGGUAUGACAACUACAGUUUUGAUUCAGAAGGUUUACGAUGUGUCAGUUCAAAUUAAUCAUUUUUCGUAGUCUGCCAGUCUAUUACAGGGAAUACAGUGAUAUCUCUAAUUAGCCUAGGAGUCUUCCUACUCGAUAAUAUUUUUUUUUAAUCUAAGGCCACUCAAAAAAAAAAAAAUCCAUCUGUUUUUACAACAUGGUGCUUGCAAUGAGGCACGGCGCCCAUUUAAUCUGGGUAGGCCUGCUCGUAUGCUGUAUGUUGGACCUUGGCGCCAGUUUGGAAUUCACUGGUGCGGAGGGGCAGUGGGCCCGGUUUCCAAUGUGGAAUGCGUGUUGUGAGAGCGAAAUGAGCUUCAACAUGAAAACGAAGAGCUCUCACGGACUCCUAGUAUACUUCGACGACGAGGGCUUCUGCGACUUCCUCGAGCUGCUGAUCCACAACGGCAGACUCAGCCUCCGGUUCUCAAUCUUCUGCGCCGAGCCGGCCACCGUGCUGUCGGACACGGCCGUCAACGACAGCCACUGGCACGCGGUGACAAUACGGAGGAACUUCAAAAACACCACGUUAAUCGUGGACAAAGAGAUAAAGUGGGUGGAGGUGAAGUCCAAAAGACGGGACAUGACUGUCUUCAGUCAUUUAUUUUUAGGGGGGAUACCACCGGAACUGCGGUCGGUCGCGUUAAGGCUUACAUCGGCAGCCGUAAAGGACCAGGUACCGUUUACCGGAUGGAUAACGGACUUGAAAGUGAACAACUCGGAGCCCGUGCUUGUCGACAGCGAAGGAGUCAAAAAUGAUCUUUGUGGUACAGACAAUAUGUGUUUAAAUGGAGGAGUCUGCAGCGUUAUCAACGACGAGCCGACGUGCGACUGCUCACAGACUGGGUACCAGGGAAAAGACUGCAGUGAAGAAGACAAGUAUGUUCAAGGUCUGGCGCACCUGAUGAUGGGCGACCAAGGUAAAAGCAAAGGAAAAGAAGAAUAUGUUGCCACCUUCAAAGGAUCAGAAUACUUCUGCUACGACCUGUCGCUGAACCCGAUCCAGAGCAGCAGCGACGAGAUCACGCUCUCGUUCAAAACGCAGCAGAGAAACGGACUGAUGCUGCACACGGGCAAAUCGGCCGACUACGUCAACCUGGCGCUGAAAAAUGGGGCGGUGUCGCUCGUCAUUAAUCUUGGGUCCGGAGCCUUUGAAGCUCUGGUGGAGCCGGUCAAUGGGAAAUUUAAUGACAAUGAUUGGCAUGAUGUCAAAGUAACGAGGAAUCUACGUCAGCACUCAGGCAUUGGACACGCUAUGGUAACAAUAUCCGUGGAUGGAAUUCUGACCACCACUGGAUAUACACAAGAGGACUACACCAUGCUAGGGUCCGACGACUUUUUCUAUGUCGGAGGCAGUCCUAGCACAGCCGACUUGCCGGGAUCACCUGUUAGCAACAACUUUAUGGGUUGCUUAAAAGAGGUUGUGUAUAAAAACAACGACGUCAGGCUGGAGCUGUCCAGACUGGCUAAGCAGGGAGAUGUGAAAAUGAAGGUGCACGGCGUGGUGGCCUUCAAGUGCGAGAACGUGGCCACCCUGGAGCCCAUCGCCUUCGAGACGCCCGAGUCCUACAUCACCCUCAACAAGUGGAACGCCAAGAAGACGGGCUCCAUCUCCUUCGACUUCCGCACCACCGAGCCCAACGGCCUGCUGCUCUUCAGCCACGGCAAGCCCAAGCAGCCGCAGAAGGACGCUAAGGGCCCGCAGACGCUCAAGGUGGACUUCUUUGCCAUCGAGAUGCUGGACGGCCACCUCUACCUGCUGCUGGACAUGGGCUCCGGCACCACCAAGACGCGUGCCGUCAACAAGAAGGUCAACGACGGGGAGUGGUACCACGUGGACUUCCAGAGGGACGGGAGAUCAGGUACCAUCUCCGUCAAUACUAUCCGCACAGCCUACACUGCCCCAGGUGAGAGCGAGAUCUUGGACCUGGAUGACAACCUGUACCUGGGGGGGCUGCCAGAGAACAAGGCGGGGCUGGUCUUCCCCACGGAGGUGUGGACGGCCCUGCUGAACUACGGCUACGUGGGCUGCAUACGCGACCUCUUCAUCGAUGGCCAGAGCAAGGACGUCCGCCGCAUCGCCGAGGCCCAGAAGGCGGCCGGGGUCAAGCCCUCCUGCACCAAAGAGGUGCCCAAGCAGUGCCUGAGCAACCCAUGCCAGAACAACGGGGUGUGCCGAGAGGGCUGGAGCCGCUACGUCUGCGACUGCUCCGGGACCGGGUUCCUGGGCCGGUCCUGCGAGAGAGAUGCCACCAUACUCAGUUACGACGGCAGUAAGUUUAUGAAGAUCCAGCUGCCGGUGGUGAUGCACACGGAGGCGGAGGACGUGUCCCUGCGUUUCCGGUCACAGCGGGCCUACGGGGUCUUAAUGGCCACCACAUCCCGGGACUCCGCCGACACCCUGCGGCUGGAGCUGGACGCUGGACGCGUCCGGCUUACUGUCAACCUAGACUGUAUCAGGAUUAACUGUACCUCCAGCAAAGGUCCGGAGACCAUUUUUGCCGGCCAUAAUCUGAAUGAUAACGAGUGGCACACAGUGCGUGUGGUCAGGAGAGGAAAGAGUUUGAAGCUGACCGUGGAUGAGUUGCAGCCCGUGGAAGGCCAAAUGGCAGGAGACCACACCCAGCUGGAGUUCCACAACAUCGAAACCGGCAUCGUGACAGAAAAGCGCUUCAUGUCAGUGGUGCCGUCGAACUUCAUCGGCCACCUCCAGAGCUUAUCCUUCAACGGCAUGACCUACAUCGACCUCUGCAAGAACGGCGACAUCGACUAUUGCGAGCUCAACGCCAUGAUCGGCUUCAAGAACAUCAUUGCUGACCCCGUUACUUUCAAGUCCCGCUCCAGCUACGUGGCGCUGAGCACCUUGCAAGCAUACUACUCUAUGCACCUGUUCUUCCAGUUUAAGACUACCUCCUCCGAUGGCCUGAUACUCUACAACAGCGGUGAUGGGAACGACUUCAUCGUGGUGGAGCUGGUUAAGGGGUAUCUGCAUUACGUGUCUGACCUGGGGAACGGAGCUCACCUGAUAAAGGGGAAUUCAAACAAGCCGCUGAACGAUAACCACUGGCAUAACGUGAUGAUCUCUCGGGACACCAACAACCUCCACACAGUCAAGAUUGACACGAAGAUCACCACCCAGACCACCGUAGGGGCCAAGAACCUGGACCUCAAGGGCGACCUGUACAUCGGCGGGGUGGCCAAGGAGAUGUACAAAGAGCUGCCGAAACUGGUCCACGCCAAGGAGGGCUUCCAGGGCUGCCUGGCGUCGGUGGACCUGAACGGACGGCUCCCGGACCUGCUGUCGGACGCCCUGGCCUGCGUGGGGCAGAUCGAGAGAGGCUGCGAAGUUGCAUUGAUGAAAGCUGACUUGCAAGGCCCCAGCACCACGUGUCAGGAGGACUCGUGUGCGAACCAGGGCGUGUGCCUGCAGCAAUGGGAGGGCUUCAGCUGCGACUGCAGCAUGACUUCCUUCGGAGGGCCACUCUGCAACGACGCGGGAACGACAUACAUAUUUGGGCGAGACGGCGGGCUGAUCGUGUACACAUGGCCGCCGAACGACCGGCCGAGCACGCGGGCGGACCGGCUGGCCAUCGGAUUCAGCACGCAGCUGAAGGACGCGGUGCUGGUGCGGGUGGACAGCUCCUCCGGGCUUGGAGACUACCUGGAGCUGCACAUAGAAAAGGGGAACAUUGGAGUUGUAUUUAAUGUGGGAACGGAUGACAUUAAUAUUGAAGAGACAACAAAGUUUGUAAAUGAUGGAAAGUACCACAUAGUGCGGUUUACACGGAGUGGCGGUAAUGCCACACUACAGGUGGAUGACCUGCCUGUCAUUGAGCGGUAUCCCACAGGCAACAAUGAUAACGAACGCCUGGCGAUUGCUAGACAGCGAAUCCCAUAUCGACUUGGUCGAGUAGUUGACGAAUGGCUACUCGACAAAGGGCGGCAGCUUACUAUCUUCAACAGUCAAACCACCAUAAAAAUCGGGGGCCGGGACCGUAGCCGCCCCUUCCAGGGCCAGAUGUCCGGCCUCUACUACAACGGGCUGAAGGUAUUCAACAUGGCGGUGGAGGGGGACCCCAACAUCAAGACCGAGGGCAGUGUGCGCCUGGUGGGCGAGUCGCCCUCGUCCAUCACGCCCCAGUCCAGCGCCACGGCCAACCGCUCGGAGACGUCCACCUCCAUCAUGGAGAUCACCACGACGACCGCCUCAAGCCGCCGGAGCAAGCAACCGACCCCACGCGAACCCCAGCAGACGACGGAUGACCUGCUGGUGGCGUCAGCAGAGUGCCCGAGCGAUGAUGAGGACAUCGAUCCCUGUGAGCCGAGCUCAGGUGGGUUAGCCAACCCCACGGGCCCGGGGGCGAAGGGCUUCCCCGGCCCCUCGGAGGUGAUCCGGGAGUCCAGCAGCACCACGGGCAUGGUGGUGGGCAUCGUGGCAGCCGCCGCCCUCUGCAUCCUCAUCCUCCUCUACGCCAUGUACAAGUACCGCAACCGCGACGAAGGCUCCUACCACGUGGAUGAGAGCCGCAACUACAUCAGCAACUCGGCCCAGUCCAACGGCACCGUGGUCAAGGAGAAGCCCGCCAACAGCGCCAAGAGCUCCAGCAAGAACAAAAAGAACAAGGACAAGGAGUACUACGUGUGAUCCCCCUCCCUCCCCCACCCCCCCCCCCGGCCCCUCGCCAGACUGGGAGCUGCGCUCAAAGAUACGAAGACCCACGUGUGUAUAAUAAUAAUAAAGCAAACUAAUAAAACAUUUAGUCUUCAUUUUAUCUAAGACAUGGUGGUAUACUGAAAAACGAAAAACAAACAAAAAAAACUUAUUUUACUUUCUACUCAAGCACAUCAGACUAUGAGGAGACAGAUACGAGACACAAAUGAGCCAGACUGAUGAACGCGCAAGCUUAAAGAGGAAGCGACCAGCAAGGAGCAAACCGAACACGGCAAAAUGAAACUAAGUCACUGAGGAAAAAAAAAUGCUUUGAUGAGCAGCAAGCAGGAUAUUGACAUCUCUCUCUCUCGUUCCUGGAAAAGGGUUGGGGGGGGCAGCGAUCUGGGAUCUGUUCUGGGGGGAAGUGCAAUGUCACAAACUGUCAGUGUUUUCAUUUACAUUGCCUGUGUUUGUGUUGCUGGGACAUUUUCUUACAACAACAAAAAAAAAAAGAUUAAAAAACAAUGCAUAAAUAAGUAAACGAUAAAACCGCCAAACAUUCAUGGUUGAAGACGAGCAAAGGGAGAGGAGGGGAAGGAGGCGAGAUGCAGAAGCUACCUAUGUUUGAGGAAUCAGCCAAAGUAUUUGCACUUUUCCUAGAGGCAGUGGGGGGCCAGCACAGACUUUUGUACGGCCGACUGUCAAAAGUGCAAAGAAGAGUAUGGCCGCUGGGUAUAUAAAGACACUCAUAUAUAAAAAAAAUCAAUAAUAAAGAUAUAAACAUUCAUGUUGUGAGUAAGGAAUAUGGAGGCCUUAAUUUCAAUCCCAGUGUGAAAUCUAAGGCGGUUGUUUUGCGCAGAAUAUCGAGGAUUCGGGAGAACUCCAUGCACGCAAAGUAUCUUAUUACAUAUGUUUAUAUACAGUACAAACACAUCUAUAUGUGCUUUCUGGACUGUGACAAGUGGUGUUUUAUAGCCUGUUGUAUAGAUGAUGCAAACUAUAUCGGCUCUUCAACCAUUUUUAGUAAAAAAAAGAAGAAACAAUGAGAAAAGAAUAAAAAAGAAACAUAAAUGUUAGUAAGUGUUGCUAGAUAUAGAUUUUAUGACAACAUCUGCAAUGGCAUUUUUUGUUGCAUUAUUUUUUUUCUCCUCCAUGCUUAUUUUCCCAUUUAGUUUUUAUACAGCCAUUGAUUCGUAGACCAUCUAUUGUCCCAGCUGUUGCCUGACUUGUCCACAUAAAUUACAAAGCAUUGAGGACAGGGGGGUGGUGGUUGGGGGGGUGGGGGGAUUGUCUGGAAGUGACACGCAGGAAACGCCAUAGGACUAAGAUCACCGCCCUCCUCCAAAACCCCAUCCCCAAAUAAAACCUGCACACUAAGCGAGAAUGCAGAUGUAUAUGGUAAUAAACUUUGGCCCGAACUGAUUAUCUACAAUGCAUAUGGAUUGACUCAGAAAGGAGCAGCCCCUUGCAAUAGGAUGAAGUGACCAUUCCAAUAUUUCUGUGCUUGUACUGUCAUGCUGUUAAUCUGUUCUGCUUUCUUGAGACCUGUAUCAGAAACAAGGGCAAAAGGAAAAUAUGAGCGUGAAAUAUAGAUGAUGAUUUUUUUUUUUUAUCUCUACCCGUGCUAUUUUUUUCUACAGUAUUUUAUGUUUAUUGUGACAAUUCUCUAUUGACCUCAAAGUAAAGUUUAUUAUAAAAAAUAGUUUUGAAAAAAAAAAUUACAUGAAUAAAUAAAAUAUUACCUAAGUGAACGUAAGUCUAUGAUGAAAUUAUUAGAAUAAUGUGUAAAGGCUAUGAUAAGGGUGAGAAGAAACGAUACUUAUGGGGAGAUAACCAAAAAUAACCAUAAUUGUUUUGGGGAAAAGGGGACGUUUUGCUUUGAUUUAGCUUAUUUUUGGCUUUGUUAAUAUUAUUUUUUUACUUUAAAAGAAUGUGCUUUUAUUAAUAUAUCAACCUCAAGGUACAUGAUUGGACUACUUGUAUGGAAAACAGAAACAGCUGAAAGCUUUGUUUUUAUGAAUUUUUGUUUUCAUCAAUACAGCUUUCUUAUGUACUCAUAAUCUUCAUUUUAAUUGACCUCUGUAUUUUGUAAUCUGACGUUUUAUUUUGAAUUUUCAACACAGACCUUAUCCUGGAAAUAAAAAGUGAAGUCGAUGAGAAGAGGCCGCCAUGUUGAGCCACCCUUUCUUUUCUCAUCUGUCUGCAGUUAUUUAUGGAUAUUUUCCCAGCAGUGAAAGCUGCCUGUAAUGUAUCUUUGUUGGGGAACACAAAGGAAAUGCAUCAGAGCCUGUAGCAAGGGGCACUUCAUGGCAGAGGAGAUGGCUUCCCUGCAAAGCCUCCUGGGAGAGUCAGAGAUGUAGCCUGUUUUACAGACGGAAGAGAGGAAUUCCAAAUGAGGCUGCAAACAGAAGGAACAGUGGCAGUGCGCGCACACACUCACACACACACACACACACACACACACACAC